AUGUAUCACGUAGUAGACUACACUAAGGGCAAAAUCAAGGACUUCAGAACGGGACUUAGAUCAUAUCAGUACCUACAAGAUCCUAAACAAAAGGAUCUGUUUAACAGACUUCAUCUUGAAGACAGGCACCACAACAAACUAAGAGCUCCAGAUGUUCUUCAGAUAACUGAGCAUUCAUUACAGUCCCAUGAGUCUUGUGCUGAAGAAGAGCUGAUUCAGACUUUCAUACAGAAACUACUGAUGAUGGACUACAGAGCAAGAUAUAUUCAUGCUAAAGUGAUCAGUGAACGAGAUCGAUUAAAACAAGCAGACAAUGAUUCAUCUGAGAGUGAUAUAUUUGAAGAUUUUUUUGAAAACAAAAGCUUGUUUCAUGAAGGAACAUGUCAAUCUGACCUCAUUCACCCGAUGGAUGUUCAGAUGGCCAUGCUUCAUUGUGCUGAUGGAUUCCUGAAGCAGUUGAUGGUCACUAAACUGUCCCAGUGUCAGUACGCUCUGCCUCUGCUUGUUCCUGAUCCAUUCACUCAACAGAUUGAGUUUCCUCUCUGGACGUUCAGACAAAUCAACAAGAGCUGGAAGAUGACCAACACCAACAAUGAAAUCAUCAGUCAAACCCAGCCCAUCUACAAGGCUGAAACACCAAUGGUGUUUUUCUUCAGGUUUGGCUCCGUGUCUUCAUCCAAGUCUCAGCUGAUGAAUAGUCUGAUCAAUGAGAAACACAACAUGUUCUUCCAAAGGAACUGUACAGGCAGCAGCAGAACCAGAGUCCUGAUGGAUGGAGUGGUGGAGAUCGCCUGGUUCUGCCCUUCUGGAUCAUAUGAUGAUAAAUUCAGUGACUGUGUAGCAUUCUGUAAUCUACACGGUGAUGCAGGAGACCAUGAGAAACAGCUCCAGAUCCUCACUGAAAUGAGCUCAGUCAAUGUUGUCCUUCUACCACAACUGGACAGGAAUGACAAACAUGCAGAAAAGAUACAAAACCUGUACAGAGACAGAAAGCCACUCAUUUGUCUUUUUACUGAGGAUGAAUCUGCUAUAACUGAGCCGAAGAAAGGGAAAAUCAAGAUCGGUCUGAAACACAGGAAUCAGUCAGAAGUAUCUAAAGAACUCAGAAAAGCUAUAAAAGAUUAUCUCUCAGAAUCAUCUUCCACUUUCAGACUUGAAGAUGUGUCCAAACACUCAAACAUCAGAGUAGAUGAGGAAGAUGAUGAUGACUGCAGGAGAGGAAGAGAAGCAGCACAGCAGAUGAUGAGUUUACUGAAGAAGAAAGAUCUGACGAAAGUCAAACAAUUAUUUCUGCCUCAUCAGGGGAAACUGUGGCAUCAGUGGAGUCAGAAGAACAAAGAACUACAUCGACUUGGAGCAGAUGAGACAGAAAUGGACAUCAGCAGAAAACAAAGAGAGAUGAAGAAAAUUCGCAAAAAACAGCAUGAAUCUGACAUCAGUGAGUUUAUGAAGCUCUUUAGUAAAGAAAUUAAUCCAGAUGCUGAACAUGAAAAUUUGUUCUUUCUCAAAUGGCUUGCAAUUCUCUUGGAUGAAUACACCUCAAAUGACAUUUCAGAUCUACAUCUUAAGUAUGAAGAAAAGUGGGCAGCAGUUGUAAAAUUGAAAGAGAAACAUGAUAAAUCUGAGCAACUUAAAGCUGAACAAACUGAACUUGAGAGAAUGUCUGAGGAUCUUCAGGCUGCAGCUUUUGGUUUGGAGCACAUCAUUAGGGAGAUCGGUCAGAUCUAUGAAUCAUGUUCAUCUGUGAAGAAGAACAAGAAAGACCUGCAGGUUCACUUCUCUUCUCUCCCGAGUCUUGCAGCUGAGAUGAUGAUCUCUGGAUUUCCACUGGAGCUGAUGGAUGGAGAUGCUGCUCAUGUUCCUGUGAUCUGGAUCUCUGCUGUUCUAGAUCAACUCGUCCAGAAACUGGGAGACCAGAGAGUCUUUGUGCUGUCAGUUUUAGGGCUUCAGAGCUCUGGGAAAUCCACCAUGCUGAACGCCAUGUUUGGACUUGAGUUUGCCGUCAGUGCUGGAAGAACAACCAGAGGAGCUUUCAUGCAGCUGAUCAGAGUCUCAGACGAGGUGAAAACACAGAUGAACUUUGACUAUAUUCUGGUUGUAGAUACUGAGGGUCUUCGUGCUCUAGAACUGGCUGGAAGAUCAACAAGACAUCAUGACAAUGAACUGGCCACAUUUGUUGUAGGUCUGGGAAAUAUGACUUUGAUUAAUAUCUUUGGAGAAAAUCCUGCUGAGAUGCAAGAUAUUCUUCAGAUUGUUGUUCAGGCCUUCCUGAGGAUGAAGAGGGUCAGACUGAAUCCCAGCUGUGUGUUUGUGCAUCAGAACGUCUCAGACGUCACAGCUGGAGAAAAAAACAUGGAGGGAAGGAGACGACUGCUAGAAAAACUGGAUGAGAUGACAAAACUUGCUGCUGAAGUGGAAGACUGUGAUGAGGAAUGUUUCAGUAAUAUCAUUGCAUUUGAUAUAGAGAAUGAUGUGAAGUAUAUAUCUCAGCUCUGGGAGGGCAGUCCACCGAUGGCACCACCAAACCCAAAAUACUGUGAAAACAUUCAAGAACUAAAGAAAACUAUUGAAAUGCAUGCAUCAAAAUCACAUGGAAUGAUGCUGAGAGACCUAAAAGAUCGCAUUAAAGAUCUCUGGGAGGCAUUAUUGAAUGAACAAUUUGUCUUCAGCUUCAGAAAUUCUCUAGAGGUUGCAACCUACAGGAAACUGGAGACAGAAUACAGCAAGUGGUCCUGGAGCCUUCGUAGUGCCAUGAUGGAAAUUGAUAACAAAUUACACAACAAUAUAGAAAAUAGAGCAAUCCAUGAGGUUGAGGAAACUGAUCUUAAAAGAGAACUGAAGAAGACAAGUGAAGAAGUGAAAAAGUCAAUGUCAGAAUUCUUUGAAAAAGACACUGAUAAAGAUAUACUAAUUAAAUGGAAAACAUCAUUUGAAAUGAAAAUAAAUGAGCUUCAGGAAAACAUUGUGAGAGAAACAAAGAGGAAACUAAAUAAUACUCUACAACAGGGGGACCUGAAGACAAAGAUCGAUGCUCAAUGGACUAACCAUGAAAUCACUCUCUUUGAAAAGAGCAAAGAAUUAGCCUUAAAUCUCAAAAACAAAGCAAAUGAUGAAGAAACACUGAAGAAAAAGUUUGAUUUGUUUUGGGAAAAGAGUAUGAAUAAGAUCAUCUUAGACACUCAACCAAUCAAAGACAUUGAUGUACUGAGAGAUGUGAAAGAGAUCCUCCGGGACAUCAAUAAAAGUGCUCCUAUAGACCACAGAAAGCAGAACAGGGAUAUUUUCUCUGUGUCAGGUUAUUCUGAUUAUGUAAAGUUAAAGAAAUCCAGUGGAAUUACAGGAGCUUUAACUUUUGCCAUCCGAUCAGCUCAAGAGAUUUUUCGUCCAACUCUUUCUAAAGAGGAUGAAGCUCAAAUAAGAUCAUUAAUCGCAGAUGUUUCUCAACAGACAGACACAAUGAUUCAGUCAUUUAACAUUUCAAAGAUGGGCUACAACAUCAGCUACAUUCAACAAAUCACAGGUUACAUCACAGCAAAAUUAAUAGAACAUCAGGAAGGACCAGUGCAAUAUAAGUUCAAGAAUGAAUUCCCCAUGGAUCUGGUGCUUUCCAUCUGUAAGAGAGUAAAUAAGAAGAUAACUGAACAACACAAACUGUUUAGAGACUCUAAUGAUCCUGUAAUAUAUUUGGAGAAGAAGAGAGAAGAGUACUAUUAUAUUUUCCAGAAAUACUGUCGUGGAUCAACAUCAACUGACAUUUUUGGUGAGAUUAUCUGUCAGAAACUGAAAGAGCCCAUUGAGCAGAGCGUCUACAAGAAGACAUCCAGAGAUCUAACAGAUGAAAUGAGAUCAAACUGUGAAUCACUCAAUGGAAACAGAUUGAAUCUGGAGAAACACAUCCUGAAGUUUCUGGCUGAUAAUGAGAAUUUUUCUGCAUACAUGGAUUACAUUAAUUAUCCCAGAGAUCACUUCAAGUAUUUCAUCAGAGAUGAAGUCAAUCGGUACAUCACUGAUAAGUUCAGUCUCAGUGUUUUACCCAAGAUGGAGGAGAACAUUAAACUCCUGCAGCAGAAGAUCAUGACAGCAGCUCAUGAAUCCACUGAACAUGUUCAAGUCAACAGUGGAGAUGUUGGUUUGUGGUUGAAGAGUUUCACACAGCAGCUCUCAGACGUGCUGAUCUUCUCUGAGAAAGACCUCAGUGGAGUCAAACAUGAUGAUGUUGAUGAUUUCAACCUCCUAGAAGAUGUGAUCCAGAAAGAACUUCCUGCUAUAAUGGCUGACAUCAGUAGUGAGUUGAAAACUGAAAAACUGGAUCCCAAGUUCAGGCCAGAGGAGAUUCUGAUUGAUCACUUCUGUCAGUGCUGUUGGGUUCAAUGUCCGUUCUGUGGAGCCACCUGCACCAACACCAUAGAAAACCAUGAUGGAGAUCACAGUGUUCCUUUCCACAGAUUAGAUGGAGUAAAUGGAUACUAUUAUGAUGAUACAAUGGAUUUUGGUAUAGAUUUUUGUUCAUCUUUAGUAAUGAGUAAUAAAUCUUUUAAAUCAUCUGGACAGUGGUUCCCAUAUAAAGAAUACAGGAGAGCAGGAGGGGUUUAUGCAAAGUGGAGCAUCACCCCUGAUCUCUCUGACCUACCGUACUGGAAGUGGUUUGUGUGCAGAUUCCAGAAAGAUCUGGAAAAAUACUAUGGAAAAUCAUUUCAGGGUAAAGGAGAGAUCCCAGAAAAUUGGAGAAAAUACACAAAAGAACAUGUAAUUGAUAGUUUAGAUUAUUACUACACUUUCAUGAGAAAAAGACAAUUAACCCUAAGAAGGUGGAUCUUUUCGUUGUCAAAGAGGUCAAAAAGUAAGAGAAUUCGACCACAUUUUGUGAAAAUAACUGAAGAGGGGGAUCACUAA